AAGUACUCGUUCGAUCAGAGCCACCACCGGAAGAUCCUCGACUUCCUGAGGUCUCGUGGGUUUCGAGACAACAAAAAUACUUCGGGGAGGGAGCAGGCGGGGGAGGAAGAGUACGACGACAAUGAGGACGAGAGGAGGGCGGCCGAGGGGGGAGGUGAUGAUGGUGACAACGAUACACAGGACAUGGAGGUGCAACGAGAGGUGGAGUGCGCCAGGGGUAAGAUGAGGGGGGACAAGGCCGUUGACGAGGACACUACCCCGGAUGAGGACGAUGACGAUGAGGAUCAGGGCGCAGACAUUGGGGCCUCUCUUGAUGGGGGGCUGAUGGCCACUGGCCGUCGAGGCCAAGAGGGGGCCGCCAAAGCGAUGAAGGAGGUCACGAAAUCGAAGAAGAGAAAGAGGAAGGCAAAGAAGACCGUCACAGAGGCGACACCAGCACCUCCUCUGUCGAAGAAGGGCAGAGUACUUCGACAGACAUCCAUGUUGGAGACCUUCGAUCCGGUGUGGCAACGAGAGUUUUCGAACGAGUUCCUGCAGUGGUGGUACGUAAGCGGCAUUCCAUUUGAGGCGGCGAGGAGGCCGGAGUACCAGCGAGUGAGGAGGCGGUUGCUCGAGUGUCCGCCGUACACACAUCCUGUGUUGCCCACACACCAUGUGAUUUCCGGCGAUGGCAUCCCAGAGCAGCAACGAGUUGUGGUGGAGAUGGUGGCGGUCGUCUGCAAGGACAUUGCGGCGAUGGGAGCGACCAUCCUCAUGGAUGGUCGCAAGUCCAUCACAAGCGACCAGAUAGUCAACUUCCUUGCUGUUGGGCCCACGGGAGCCUACCUUUUCAGGACUGUGCAGCGCGAUGGUUCUGUUCAGGAAACAGCCGAGGCCGUGGUGGAGCGAUGGAAGGACGUGUUCGACAAGUUCGGUGUCGAAAACGUCAACGCCAUUUGCACUGAUUCGGCAUCCGCAUAUGUGGCUGCAUCCAAGCUCCUCGCGAAGGAGGAAGUCAAGUACAGUCGCAUUACUUGGCUUCCGUGUGCGGUCCAUGUCUACAACUUGCUGUUGUCAGACAUCGCGAAGGACGACACCAACGGGAAGCUUGGGAAGAGGGAGGACACCAUCAUUAGGGCUCGAGCUGUCGUGCGUUUCAUCAGAGAGCACGAGGCUGCUCUCAGCCUUUAUCGAUGGUUCUAUGCCGCCCACCCCUCUUCCGCCUCUGCAGUUGCGGCCAGCUCCAGCGUUGCGCCACCCUUGUCUCAGCGGCGAGGCAGAGAGCUUGUGUACCCCGCACAGACGAGGUUUGCGACACACUACUUGAUGCUGGAGAGGUUGUUGGAUCGUCGCCAAGCGUUGGAGGCAUUGAUAAUGAGCGGCGACAAGUUGCGGACUACAUGGAGGAGGUUCGUUUUCUUGCAGGUCAGGUGGGUGCGUCAUCAGGUGCGGUACGUGCCAUUUUGGGAGUACGUGGAGGACAUCGUGGAGCUGAUGACGCCUGUGAUGCAGCUGCUACGUCGUUUGGACAGAGGGGGGCGCGUGAUGACUCGCAUGUGGUCGUGGGCACUUGCCAUGGUUGACAGGGUGGUGAGGGCGAGACUAAGCAGGACGUCGAUGGAGGAGCUCAACAUCAUUGUUCACGCUUGUCAGGCGCGGGUCGAUCAUAAGUUGGAGCCCGCACAUCGCAUGGCCCACCUCCUCAACCCUCGCCACAGGAGCAUUACGUAUUUUGGAGCGGCGAGGCGCAGCAAGCACGAUAAGACACUCACAGAGGAGUCGCUGCGAUACCUUUGCCAGCAGACUGGCGCACAUGAGGAUUUGUAUCCGACGUUGUGCACACAGUUGGCGGAGUUUCUUAGUCGGGAGGGGGAUUGGACGUACGGAGGGGUUGAAAGUGACAGGGACGCGGCCUCCUGCAGAGGGGAGAAGGAGACGUCGCAGGUCGGGCAGUGGUUCGGCACUGGUUUAAUCAAGCUUGCUCGUUUGGUGGAGAUAUCCACCAACUUGAGAUUGAGUCGCUGUCAGGGGAGGGGUUCAGGGUACGUUCUGCCAUGGGAGGAUGCUGAGGAGGAGUCAGAGGACACUAUUCCUCCGCCUCGUGACGAGGGUGUUCGGCCAGUUGACCGAGUCACGGAGGCGCAGCGCGGGCGGAAGGAUCACCUUUCGAAGGUUCCGCCUAGAGUUGAGACGUAUUUCGGUCGUCGCGCCACGGUGCUUAUGCCGACUGAGUUGGACGCCAUGUACGAUCCCGAGCCUGAUCCUAUGGGUCAGGACCCGAUUGAGGCGGAGCCGUGGUCUGAUCCCGAUGACCUAGCAGUGGAGUCAGAACCCGAAGAUUCUGAUGAUGGUCGCGACGAUGGUCCUCUCGUCGAGACGUUGCAUCGUCCUGGACAUGGCGAGCAGGGUCACGAGGGCAGCAGUGAGGACGACGACGACGACGACGAUGACGACGACGAUGACAGGGAGGGGUACGAGGGCAGCAGUGAGGACGAGGAUGAUCCCGAUUAUUCCCCGACACGCGGACGUGGUGACGACGACAAUGACGGCAACGAUGGUACACAGGCUGCAGGUGGUUUGCGGACGUCGGUUCGACAGCGUGCCGACCGAUGCAGUGGUGCAGGCAGGGGAGGCAGUGGUGCAGGUAGGGGUGUGGGGGGUGCACGACACACAGGGGGUGCAGGCCGUGGUGGCGGAGGACGGGCGAGGCGAGAGUCUGCAUCGUCCACUCGCACUGUGCACUGGGUUGACGCCGGGUCAGCAACAGGAGAGGUUGGCGCCGGGUCGACAGACUUUGGUGCUGCGUCGGCAGAGGCCGCUGCAGAGGCCGCUCCCUCCGCUGCAGAGUUUGCAGUGGCGUCUAAGGAGGUCGCAGGCGGGUUUGCAGAGGUUGCAGGCGAGGCUGCACAGGUUCGAAGGGCUUCUGCGCAGUUGGGUGCCAGUUUCAAUGGUAUUUUGAAUAUUUCGUUAGGGCUUCCUCCGACACCGGCAUGCGAGCGUGGCAGUGGUGAUGCGGACGUAGCGGCUACGCCCGUCAGCCAGAUACUUCGGGACAUACCUUCAUGCAGCAUGGGUGACAUCAGUAGCAGCAUGUUGCAGGAGGCAGCAGAGGGGACACAGGAGCCGAUGCUCGAGACGGGCGGUGGUGAGGGUCAUUGUGCGACGGACGAUGCAGUGCUUGAGUGUGGCAGUGCGGGCGGUGGGGAUGCAGGCGAGAAACCCGCGUCGCCGGUUCAGGGUGUUUGUAUAUUGCCUAUCAGUGGAGCCAUGACGGCGGGGGAGUUGGAGCGGCAGACACGGGAGGACCCAUUGCAAGCAGAUCGACGCGGACGAAUGGAUGAGGCGUCGAGGAGGUUAAUGGCAGAGGGCCCAACUUACGUGUUGUGCAGCCCGUCACUGCCAUCAUCCACCACAUAUGCCACUACCCCCGUACAUGUUGAGGGUCCAGUCACAGGACGGAUUCCCGCACCGGCACCUGCAAAGUCUCCGUCUCCAAUAUCACGGAAGAAGAAGAUGAGAGCAAGUAAGAGUCUUAGUACUGUGAGGAGGGUGACGCAGACGAUGCGGGAGAGUCAACCCGGGCUGGCCGGUUUACAUCCGCGGACUCGGGAGGCAUUGGCGGGAGAGGGCCUCCACCCGGGCGACGGAGCAGCCCAUGACAGCACCUGUUGAGGCGGUGAUGCCACGUACUGGGGGGCAUACAGCAGAUAUCCCCCCAACAAACCCCAUAAACCCUA